AUGUUUGUUUUUACAACAGGUUCAAUGCUAGUCCGAUCCUUCGCCGUGACUGUUUUUCUAUUCGUCGCUCUCAUCGUGCACGUCAUUUCCUAUAAAGAAAUAUCUGAUAACUCCACUGAUGCGAAACCGUACAGUUUUCUGCCUAACGAUUAUGGCAGCUCUCUGUGGCUGGCGCUUGGCGCUCUCGUCUUGGCCGCUGUUGACACCGUCAUAGUUGGGUUUACAGUGGGCCGUACCGUCUGA